AUGGCAGCGAGGGAGCACCUUGAAGGCGGAGGGGAGGAUGCCGGCGGCGGCGGCGUGGCCGCUGGCCGGGCCUACGGCCAGCCGAUGGAGGGGGAAGUCCUGGACUCGGCCAGCGCGUUCAUGGUGGUGCAGGUGCUCUGCCGCAUCGUGCAGAAGCUCGCGAACAAGGAGGACAGCACGGACGCCCCGACUCCGCGCGAGCUCCGCCCCAGCACAGGCGCGCCGCCUCUGCCCCGACGCCGAGCAAGCUCCACGCCGUCGUCACGCGCCCUGCAACGCCCCUGCGCCGCGCCGACUCCGCGCGAGCUCUGCGGCCGAGCAGCAGGAAGUAGCGGUCGAGUGGGAAAACGAGCGCGGAAGGAGUCGCAGGAUGGCCCGCGCGCGGGAGGAGGGAGCCGCGACGCGCUGGAAGAGGACGUCGACGCCGCGGCACCGGCGUGCCCGCGCAGCUCGAGGCAUUAUAGUUUCAAUCGAUGCUUCUUCCAUGUGUAUUUGGCUCAAUUGUAUGCUUGCUGGUUCAAUGUGAGCACUUUCAAGAAGAUUCAUGGCGAGCUUUGCAAACUUCUGGAAGUUUUCUUGUUCCAGUUCACGGGAUUUGGUGAAUUUAAGAGACUGAUACGACAUCAGCCACUUUUCAGAACUGAAGUGGAACAAGGGCAUUCUUCUGAAUUUAUGGCCUCCCGCCGCGGCGGCGGCAAGGCCGCCGUGAUCGCCGCUGAGUCGAGCCUCGCCAUCCUGUCAGUGCAUGUCCAGCAGCAACUGCUGCUCCAGACCAUGACACUCUCCGAUCUCCAUCUAAAAGAAAAUCUUCCUGGUGAUCCCUCCUACCAGAAUAUUAAGAAAAUAUUUUCAGCUGUUGGCAGGAUCAUUAAAAAACAGCACGAUGGAUAUGACUCUGAGGAGGCUGAGUUUAGUCUGAUGCUCUUUUCUAAUGAGUACUCAGAGAUUAUGGAGCAGAUUGACCGCGAUGUAAAGUGCACCACCCUGACAUGCAUUUCUUCUGUGCAAAUGCCAAUAGCUGUCUCUUCCACCAAGCUGGCGUGGAGGGAGAGGAGGGCUAGGGGGAGCACCAAGCUUUGUAAACCCUCUAAUGCAAACAGAGUUCCAUGUAAUUCAAACAAAAAUACUGACUCAAAGACAUCAUUGGAGGCGUUAGGAUCAGAGUCACAGGACAUGGCACUGUGA